AUGGUGAAAAUUGGCGGCGCGCGACUGGAGGACGUGUCGCCGUUCUUCCAUCUGCCGAUUGAGGAGGCGGCGCGCGAGCUUGGAGUGUGCUCUAGCGCGCUGAAGCGGCGAUGCCGGCGAUUGGGCAUCAAGCGAUGGCCGUUCCGCAAGGUACGCGCGAUUCCUGCGGCACAAGAAAAAGGGGGAUGUCUAUUACAUAUUGGAGAUUAUUGUACUUCUGGUGUGCGCAGCAUGAGCAACUCACUAUCGCGUACGAUGGAGGGCAUGUGCAACGUGGGCGCGGGCGGGAUCGUCCCCCCAGAAUACCUCCAACCGGACGCCGCCACGCGGCUCGCGGCGCAGGUGGCCGCAGCGAAUCUAAUCAACCUUGACCAGACGCGCCGCCCGCUUCUGCCGUCCAUGAACCGCCCGCUCAUGGGCGCGCGGGGGGCGGCGGGCGCAGCAGCCGCCGCGGCGGGGGGAGACGCAGGGGCGGGCGUGGGAGAAAUGGUGGCGCAGAUGGGUGGAAGCGGAGGCGGCGAUGGGGUGAAUGGGGAAGGCGAUGAGAAUCAGGAGGCGGGAGCAAUUGUGCUUCAUAUGGGUGACUCUCCUGUACUCGCUUGGGAGUCACCCGAUAAGCGUGACGAGCAGAACCCGUGGGAAGGAGGAGAAGGCGGGAUGGAGAGCGGUUUUCGUGGCGCUGAGCUGACCAUUCGUGAGGGCGCUAUGGGGGAAGGAGGCCCGUCGCUGAUGCUCUACCACCACCCCCGGCAAUCCUGCUCCUGCUUUCCCUCCUCCCUUCCCCGCUCCCUUUUCUCACGCUCCUCUCUCCCUCCCACCGCCUCCCUCCUCUCUCCCCCCUCUCCGCUCUUCCUCCUCCUCCUUGGAACCACCGAGUCGACUUCUCCACAUAGACCACUCGCGAUUGGUGCUGCCGCCGCCCUGUGCUGA